AUGACCCUGUGGUCUACAAAAUUCUCAGGGAACAGCGCCGCGUCCUCUAGUAAAUGGCCCGAAGAAGUUACACUUCCCUCUCUCAAUAUAAGGCCGAGGACCAGCGAGAAGCGUCAAGCCUCAUUCCAUACGGAAUUAGACAUGCCCACGACGGCCCCCACGACUACCGUCGAUGAUGACGUGCUUCCGCCUCCUGCGCUUCAUAAUUCUGGCGGCCAGUUUAGUCGAAAUAGGAGGAAAACGGCGCGUAUAUCCGGCCUCGCUGUUCAUUGGGCGCGGUUCAAGAAAAGGCUGGCUACGGGCCCCGCCCCUUCGAGCAGCUCUGUCGUAGAAGAGAGCGUUGUGGAGAGCAUUUUCACCCGACGUCUGCAAUGCUAUCAGGAUGACGAGGAAGUAAAUGAGGUGGUGGUGGACCGAGCUUGGAGUGAGGAUAUAAAGAGUUCGGUCACAAAUUCAGACCUAGUUGGUAGCCCAGACAAGACGGGCAGUCAAUUGAACCACGGGGCAAGCGACAGCGAAAGUGCUGUCUACGAGGGUUUCUGGUCCCGGAACCAGAUGCUAAUUUUCUUGCGGUGGCGGGUAUGGCCCUCUCUUGUCAAAAUAUUCAACUCUCGCUUCCUGGAUGAUAAAUCUGAGGAGCAUUAUUCCCAGGAGUCCUGGUUUCUCAAGAAACAUCUCGCCCUUUAUACCUCUAUCUGGCUUGUUCUCAACUGGAUUCUUGGAUGCGCUUUCAUACCUCGCAAUCCUGUCGUGACUCAAGACAAAAUAUUUUACUUUGUGAUUGCUCCUAUUGUCAGUAUACCCGUUGUCUUCAUGGUACUGUAUGACUGGCCUCGACGUCGACCGUAUAUAUAUCAGGGUUUUCUGGGUCUUUCUAUUUGGUGCUGGUCAUUCUAUCAAGUCAUCUUUAUUCUUUCAUGUGGCUACUAUUCACCAUCUCCGAAUUGUCAAGGUCGAGACUUUAUGGCAAUAUUCUAUUAUGCAACAGCUCUUCAAGCUGUAGCUUUAUUCGGUCUUCGGCUUAACCGUUUCCCUGCUGCAAUGGGUGCCCUUCUUUUUUUCCUCUUCGCAUCGAUCACGAUGAUCCCCCUCAAGACGAGUUGGGCACGAACCAUGAUUAACUUUUUCGUAUUUCACAGCUUCCUCAUCUACGUUCACUAUAUGUGGGAAAACUCGGAAAGACGGCUGUAUACCCUGCGAGACGAACUGAAGAUUCAGUUCAAGGCAAAGCAAAAGGCACAGAUCAACGAGCGAAAAGCGGCUGAUUCAAAGAGACGUCUCACAUCUUAUGUCCGAGUUCCAUUGAAUACCGCAAUUCUGGCCGUUCAGAACAUGGAGGCAUCGCAUAUGAUUAUGAAAGACCAGGAAAUUGAGUUCAACGCACUGUGUGGCAGUCUCAGCAUGAUGUCAAAAGUGCUAAAUGAUGUUCUUGACUUCAACCGAAUGGAUGGCGGGCGAUUUGAGAUUCUUUCUAGGCCAUAUGCAUUCCAUCAAGUCAUGCGAUCACUUUUCGUUCCCCUACGGCUGGCAGCGGAUGCUCGCGGGUUACAAUUUGAGACUUACCUUGAUCCAAAUAUCGACUUGGUUGCGCGGAGAGUGUCAUACGAAGCACUGGGAGAAACCAAGGAAAGCAUUCAGAAGCAUCUCACAGAACAUCCUUCUAUGGACGGUAUCGUCGCUGGAGACGAGGCUCGGUUACGGCAGAUCAUCACUAAUCUUGCUAGCAAUGGCUGCAAAUUCACGGAAACGGGUGGAAAAUUGACGGUCAAGACCAUGCUCAUCGUUCCAGAAGCGAAAUCCUUGGACCCGUUCGGAGGGCCAAUAACGGAACCUGUGAUGCUUUUUUCUGAGGGAGACCAACUGCAUCCGCUGUCGACUAGUUAUUUGACGCAACAUAAUAUGCAACAUGACAAGGCCCGUCCUCCUUUGGAAUAUAUUGUUGUUAGGAUCGAAGUCACCGAUACUGGCGUUGGGAUUAGGCCGAGGGACAUGGCGGAGAGCAAGCUUUUCUCUGCGUUCACGCAAACUGAGCAAGGGCGACAGCAGGGCGGGAAAGGCACUGGUCUUGGCCUAGCUCUCGUCCGUCAAAUCGUAAAACUCAGUGGAGGACGACUGGGUGUUCGGUCCAAAGUUGGCGAAGGCUCAACGUUCUGGGUCGAGCUACCCCUUGGAGUUGGUCGCGAGACGUUGAAAACUGCCCUGCCUGACCUAUCCCCCGAGGGAACUGCGCAUUCAGGAUCAGAGAAGGUACACGACCUGACGACGGAACUUGCGUUUAGUGCAAUGACCCUGGGUGAGAGGCAGUCGAUUCCGGUUAGCACGAGUCAGACGACGUCGAGGACUACGGCGGCUAUGCAUAGUAUUAUGGAACAAGGUGGACGAGUUGAGCUCGUGUUGAGGAAGCCUGAUUAUGGUUCUCCGAGAUCGUCGUCGUCUGGUGCUUGUGCUUCGAAGAAGGAAGUUGAGAAAUCGCACGACUGUACAACACCUGUUCAAACUCCACAACAGUCCUCUCCCGACACCUCCACGGAGACCCCUCCAGAUGAUACCCCCACGGAGACUCCAUUCGAUGAUACCUCCACGAAGACUCUUGACGACCUGACCACUCCAACUGAAGAAAAUAUUCUGCGACAAAACCGUCCGAAAUUCGUUUUAAUACCACAUCCACCAACAUUUUCCUCGGAGAAUCAACCACCUGCCACUUCAUCGACACUAUCGAGCAUGUCAUCAGGAUCAAGCCAUGGGAUAAAUCCGAUGACGUUGUUUGACCAAGGUUAUACCCGUGGUAGCCCAGCAUCGUCAAAUGUGGCUAUCCCCAUCGAACCUGGACUUUCUGUGCUAGUGGUGGACGAUGACCAUAUAACGCGGUCGCUGAUGAAGCGGCUACUGACGCGGCUGGGGUGUGCGGUGUCCGUAGCCGAGAACGGGGAGAUGGCGUUGGAGAUGAUAUUGGGUCACCAGGGGCUGUUUGGGUCAACGCCUUCGAGCGAUUCGUCGGGUAGCAACUGUGGUCCGAUAUUGGAGCGACGGCAGAAUUUGCGGGCAGAUGUUAUUUUUGAGGAGGGGAAGUAUGCUGUGGUGUUUUUGGACAACCAGAUGCCUGUUAUGUCUGGGUUGAAGGCGGUGGAGAAGUUGAGGCAGUUGGGGAGGAAGGAUUUUAUUGUUGGGGUUACAGGCAACGCGUUGUUGAGUGAUCAACAGGAGUAUUUAGAAGCGGGUGUUGAUCGUGUACUGACAAAACCUGUAUACGAGCGAAGUCUGAGAGAUAUCCUAGGAGAGGCGGAGGAACGACGCAAAACAUGGACAUCAAAAGCUGAUUCUGAACCUUUAUAG